AGGAUAUCAUUCAGGAUGCCUGAACCAGCCAAGAAAGUUUCAGCAUUUACCAAGAAACCAAAGACUCGGGAGGCAGAGGAAGGCUCUGUCGUUGUUUUUGAAGCUGAGACAGAGAAGUCUGAUGUUAAAGUGAAAUGGCAGUGCAACUCAAAAGACAUUGCCAAUGGCGACAAAUAUGCUGUGACAGCCGAUGGAAACAAGCACUCCCUCACUAUAAGAAAUAUCACCAUGGAAGAUGACAGUGUCUAUGCUGUGAUUGCUGGUGGUUCAAAGGUCAGGUUUGAGCUGCGGGUCGUAUCAAAGCCAGAGGUUCCUGUAGAGCCCCCCACUGCUGAACCUGGGGAUGUUAAAGCUGAUCAGGUUCCACCUCCUGCAGCUACACAGGGAGAAACCUCUGCUCCAACAGAUCAGGCUCACCCAGCUGAGGAUGGACACCCUCCAGACACCAGGCAGGACUUGACUGGACUCUUCACGGAAAAACCUCAGAGCGGAGAAGUCACUGUUGGUGAAAACAUCACAUUUAUGGCUAAAGUAAAUGCUGAAUCUCUUCUGAAGAAACCCAGCGUGAAAUGGUUUAAAGGGAAAUGGAUGGACUUGGCUAGCAAGAGUGGAAAACACCUACAGUUAAAGGAAACUUAUGAUCGCAACACUAAGGUGUACACAUUUGAGAUGCAUAUCAUUGCUGCCAAAGCUAACUUUGCUGGAGGUUACAGAUGUGAGGUUUCAUCCAAGGACAAGUUUGACAGCUGCAAUUUUGACUUGACUGUGCAUGAUGUCCGGGCUCCUGAGGGCCUGGAUAUACGAGCCGCUUUCAGGCGCACGAGUGAAGGUGAUAAGAAGAGAAGUGGACCAGCGACAAGUAGCACAGAUGGUAAAGAAGAUUCAGGAGAACUGGACUUCAGUGCCUUAUUAAAAAAGAGAGAGUCCAUCAAAGUGGUUCAUGGGAACACGGAUUCAGAUGUUGAAGUGUGGAACAUCCUCAGUCAUGCUCCCCCUUCAGAAUACGAAAAGAUUGCUUUCCAGUACGGCAUUACCGACCUGAGAGGCAUGCUUAAGAGACUCAAGAAGAUGAAGAAGGAAGAGAAAAAAAGUGAAGCUUUCCUCAAAAAGCUGGAUCCCGCCUACCAGGUGUUAAAGGGCCAGAAAAUAAAGCUUGCAGUUGAGGUUGCCAAUGAGGAUGUGGAGGUGAAGUGGUUAAAGAAUGGACAAGAGAUCCAAAAAUCUGGAAGCAAGUACAUAUUUGAGAGUGUCGGCAACAUGCGCUACCUCACCAUUAAUCACUGCUCCUUAGCGGAUGAUGCUGCUUACACCUGCAUGGUGGGAGAGGAGAAAUGCACAACGGAGCUCUUUGUCAAAGAGCCUCCUGUCACAAUUGUAAAAAAUCUGGAGGAUCAGAUGGUGAUGACGGGUGAGCGGGUGGAGUUAGAAUGCGAAGUGUCAGAAGAAGGUGCUAAUGUGAAAUGGGAGAAGGAUGGCGUUGAGCUGACAAGAGAUGAAUCUUUGAAAUAUCGCUUCAAGAAAGAUGGGUGCAAACAUGUGCUUAUCAUUAAUGAAGCCACCAAAGAGGAUGGUGGACACUACAAGGUCAAAACAAAUGGAGGAGAGUCUGUGGCUGAACUGCUGGUACAGGAGAAAGAACUGGAGGUCUACCAGAGCAUUGCAGACCUCACAGUAAAAGCAAAAGAUCAGGCGGUGUUUAAAUGUGAGGUGUCGGACGAGAAUGUGAGGGGAACUUGGUACAAGAAUGGUGUUGAAGUAAAGCCUGACGCCAGGACCAACAUCUCCCAUAUUGGGAGAAUCCACAAACUGACCAUCGAUGACGUAAAUCCAGAGGAUGAAGGAGACUACACCUUUGUCCCAGAUGGCCAUGCUUUCAACCUUUCUGCUAAACUUAAUUUUCUGGAGGUGAAGAUUGAUUUUGUGCCACGCCAAGAUCCUCCCAAGAUCCAUCUUGACUGCAUGGGCCGCACUACUGAUUCAACUAUCAUAGUGGUGGCUGGAAACAAACUACGUCUGGACGUCCCUAUCACAGGAGAUCCUGCUCCCACAGUGAUCUGGACCAAAGGAGAGAAGGCUAGUUCUGUAAAACCUGAUGGAGAAGAGAAGGCAGGGCACUCAGCCUGUUGGACCCUGAAUGAUGGAGAGGUCAUCACAGAAGGAGAUGGCAGGGUCCAUGUGGAAUCUAGCAAAGGUCACUGUAUCUUCACUCUCGAAUGUGCUGAAAGACAGGACGAGGGAGUCUAUUCUGUGGUGGUUCGUAACCCAGCCGGAGAAGACACAGCCGAUAUCAAUGUCAAAGUUGUUGAUGUUCCAGAUCCCCCACAGGCUCCUAAAAUCCUCAGCGUGGGGGAAGAUUCCUGCAUCGUUCAGUGGGACCCCCCACAUUUCGAUGGUGGAGAGCCAAUCAUUGGUUAUGUGCUGGAAAGAAAGAAGCUGAGGAGCUACAGGUGGAUGCGCUUGAACUUUGACCCUAUUCCUAAAACAACCUACGAGGCCAGGCGUAUGAUUGAAGGCAUGGCAUACGAGAUGCGAGUCUAUGCCGUCAACAGCAUCGGCAUGUCUCAUCACAGUCCAGCCUCCCAGCCCUUUGUGCCAGUUGCCCCUACCAGCGAGCCCAUGGGACUGCACGUUGAAGACAUCAGCGACACUUCAAUCACGCUGAAGUGGCGAGCUCCGGAGAGGAUCGGCGCCGCUGAGCUGGAGGGUUAUGGGGUCGAGUACUGCAAGGAGGGCACAGAUGAAUGGGUGCCCGCCAUACAGGGUCUUACAGAGAGAACAUCAGCAACUAUCAAAAACCUAACCACGGGAGACAGACUGCUGUUCAGAGUGCGGGCCUACAACAUGGCGGGGCCCAGUCUUCCGGCUCUUCUGGCUCAGCCUGUGACCAUAAGGGAGAUCAUGCAGCGCCCAAAGAUUUGGCUCCCAAGGAAUCUUCGGCAAACUCUCAUCAAGAAAGUUGGAGAAACUGUUAACAUUGUUAUCCCGUUCCAGGGUAAACCAAGGCCAAAGGUUACAUGGAGCAAAGAUGGAGAACCUCUGGACCCCUCGUUUGCAAGCGUAAGGAACAGUGAAUUCGAUUCGAUCCUCUUCAUCCGCAAGACAGAGAGAAAGCACUCUGGGCAGUAUGAUAUGAAGGUUCAGAUUGAAAAUGUGGAGGACACAGCAAAAGUCAUGCUGCAGAUUGUUGAUCUCCCUGGGCCACCUGAAGCCCUGAGGAUUGUGGAUGUGUGGGGUUUUAAUGUGGCGCUGGAGUGGAAACAACCAAAGGAUGACGGGAACUGUGAAAUAAGUGGCUACACCGUUCAGAAAGCCGACAAGAAGACCAUGGAGUGGUUUACCGUCCACGACCACUACAGACGAACACACUGCGUGGUGUCUGACCUCAUCAUGGGGAAUGAGUACUUCUUCCGAGUGUUUUCCAUUAACCUGGUGGGCCUCAGCCUGGAGCCCUACACCACAAAGGACAGCGUGUUCAUCCAGAAAUCAGGUAUCGACUACAAGUCUCCCACAUAUAAAGAGCACGACUUCUCAGAAGCUCCCAAGUUCACACAUCCUUUAGUGAACCGGUCUGUAAUAGCGGGAUACAACGCCACCCUCAGCUGUGCUGUGCGAGGAAUACCAAAGCCCAAAGUGACCUGGUACAAAAACAAAAUGGACAUUUCCAAUGAAGCCAAGUAUCGAAUGAUGUCUAAGCAAGGUAUUGUGACACUGGAGAUACGGAAGCCAUGUCCAUUCGAUGGCGGCGUGUACACAUGCAAAGCUGUCAAUGACAAGGGGGAAGAUGUGGUGGAAUGCAAGCUGGAGGUUCGGCCUCAGAUUGCUAAAGAAGAAAAGAAAGAUGCCAAUCAAUGAGGCCUCUGUCUCUGAAUGGGGAGGGAGAGAUGGGUUCUUAACCUGAUGCUUAAGUUACAUCACUAUCUGUGCUUAUCCAACAAUCUUUUGUCUUUAAUCAUCUUCUGACGUUUUGGAUUUCUGCAGUGCCAGGACUGAACCGCUUGGCCUAGUUAGUAAUACAUGUUAUUUUGAAAGCAACCUCUGGUUUUCUUUAUUAAUCUCUUUGCUUUCAAGCUAUAAAGAUGAGACUAUUUCCAGCUUAAAAAUAUAUAUAAUCAAGAUACAGAUCAAGUGUUUGAUGUUAAUGUUAAAUGGGAUGCGAUGGGAAGCGAAACCUCUUCAAACUUGGAAACAAAGUCCAGCAGAUUGUUUUUAAUUUUCUUUUUUUAGAAUGACUAUGACCUGGAUGCCUGACAAUAUUCACCAGCGUAAUGUUUCAUGUGUGUAAAAAUCUAUAUAAAAUUAAACUUGACUAUAUAUUUUUCUUGAUUGAAUUCUAAGUUUCCCAAAGUUUUUUUGUGACACAUAAAGUCCUCUAAAGUUUUGAAAGCUUUAGCUUAAAUAAUGCCAGAAGUGUGAGGUGUCUUCCUAAUGUUGCUCAGCAGAAUAUAUGUGUGAUAGGAAGGAAAAUCUGGAGUGUCUCCCAGUAAAGUAUUUUUGUCAGUAAAAUAAAACACAUGGUGUC